GGAAAGAGCUAAGGGGAUAUGCCCCCAAGGCAGAGACAAGGGUUUCUCCGCCUCUGCAGUAUUGAGUUUGAGCUGUAGCAUUCUUUGUUGUAAGGACUGUCUUGUGUACUAUGUGGGAGGUUUAGCACUAUCCCCGGCCUCCACCCACUAGAUGCCAGUAAUCCCCUCCCCCCAUGUCACAACCAAAAAUGUGUCCAGGUAUUACUGCUAGAUAUCCCCUGGAGGGCACAAUCAUCCCUCGUUGAGAACCACUGACUUAGGGUUCUUCACUCAGACUCUCCUGACGUCUGUGUUAUCUGGAACCCAAUCAUUCUUAAAAAGUCGAAGAGGGCCUAAGAGGUAAAGAAGCACUGUGCAGUAUGGGAAGAAGCUAGAAGGUCAGACAUCUUUGUGCUGUUAGAUGCUGCAGUUUCCACAUGGCAGCACCUGACUUUACUUCCUUCAUAAUCUAUUCAGUUGUCCAUUUGCCCAGUCAUCAAAUUAUGUUAUUGAACACCUGCUAUCGUCCAGGCACUGUGUUAGACCCUGUGGGAAAUAAAUGUGCCAUCCAAGUUGGUCUGAAGCAACUUACAGAGAGGACUCCCUCUGUGGGAGGCAAGUGUACUGUGAGUGGCACCUGUACAGCUGUGUCUGUGGGGCUGAUGGACAGAUGGCACUGAUGGACAGAUGGCGCUGUGUUGGUGGUCUCUCUAUCCUCUCAACACUACUCCCUGCAUAUUUUCUCUUUUCAGCAUUACAGAUUCAUUUCAUAUUGAAGAAACAGAUGCUUACGGCAUAUCCUGCCUGGCCUGUAUAUUGGCAACUUCAAAGGGGGUUAAAUACCUGUGCAUUCCAGCAGCGGAUUCACCAUCUCAAAACCUGACAAGACAUUUCAAAGAAAGUAUUAAAUUCAUUCACGAGUGCCGGCUCCGGGGAGAGGGCUGUCUUGUCCACUGCCUGGCCGGUGUCUCCAGGAGUGUGACUCUGGUGAUCGCGUACAUCAUGACCGUCACUGACUUUGGCUGGGAAGAUGCCCUGCACACUGUGCGUGCAGGCAGGUCCUGUGCCAACCCCAACCUGGGCUUCCAGAGACAGCUCCAGGAAUUUGAGAAGCAUGAAGUCCAUGAGUACCGGCAGUGGCUGAAGGAGGAGUAUGGAGAGAGCCCUUUGAGGGAUGCAGAAGAAGCCAGGAACAUUCUGGGCGACCUGGUGUAUGGGGUGCCACCUCACCUCGGAGGACAGGAGGGGAGGCUGGCGAAGAAAGUGGAUCCAGGCUCCUAUCCAGGACCUCCCCAGCCCUGUCUCAGGCCCUUCCACUCUGUCUUCCCAAAACUUCUGCACUGUCUGGAGGCUGCUCGCUGCCCACAGUGUCACUUGCCUCUGAGGCACUGUUCUUUCUCCACAGCCACACCGGGCGUUUUGAAGUACUGGGCCUUUCUCAGAAGACUGUAACGCACCUGAAGUCGGACAUGCUGCAGAGCCACCGAGUUUAGUCUGGUGCUGCCAGAAAGAAAACCUAGAGUUUAAGUGUCCAGAACUGUUUUGUGAACUUGUCUGUUGUUUUAAAUGGAGUACCUGUGUAAUCGUGUUGUUACAUGUUGAGCACUGAGGACACUCUUAGCGAGAGGACAUGUUUUUGCCUUAAUUCCAGUGCUGCGGCGAUGCCUUUGACCACAAUCUUGGUGCCUGGGCAGCAGUCUCGACAGUCCUGCUGCCAUCCUGACUGUAGCCUCUGGUCACGUGCUUCAGUCUCCCAGCUGGCAUAUCUCUCUUGGUGUGUCUUACCCAUGGUUUAUGUUCUCUCCAUGGUGACAUUUACCAACAGCUACACACUUUUAUUAAUAAAAGGUAGUGUAGCCACAUUUAA